AUGACGGCCUUUGUGCCGCAUGCAUUAACUCGUAUCCCUCAUGGACUGCAUUCUUUUAUAUGGCCGACGUUACCCUGGCUCACGGCCUUUCCGAGGAGCCUCAGCACGUCCACAGUGCAGCGCAAGGAGGAGACACCAGCCGUGAUAGCUCUUCGCUCUAUUCCAUACCCUCGUACACUGCCGGACCCCGCCAUCUUCGAAUCAUUCUCCCAGGAGUAUCAGUCCAUCGACGUCUCAGGCGUCCGGCAACAGCCCAGAUACGUUCCCCUCUAUGAUCAUUCUGCUCCUCUCGCGCGUCUUGUGGUAGCGGGGAAAUACGAAGAUGCGGAAGUGGUGCGUGCCGAGUUGGUCCAAUCGGGUACAUUCAUCCGUCACAGCCCCGUCUACUUCCGUGCUGCUCAGCAUGUUCUCGAGCAUGAGGAUCUGCCAAACCGGUCCCAGGCGUUCUCCAACUGGUGGUCGCUCAUACCUUACGCAUCUUCCGUCCGUCAGGGAUCGUUCCGAAACGUCACGCGCCUGAUAUUCUCCAGCAAUCGUGUCGACCUCCCUACAGCCAUCCGAUAUGCUAUAAUCAGUGCAGAAAAAGGGUACGCUCGAAAAAUCGGGCCUCUGGCGAUCGGACAUAUCACUCGCUUUGCAGAUCCGGCGUUCACAGCUAGAUUCAUCGACGAGUUCGAUAGAGCGGAUCGAGAAUUUUACGAAAAAACUCGGGAAAUCUCUGGCGUGUACACCCCUUCCGUGGUGCGCAACAAGGACAGCAGGAAGCGGUGGUGGAGUUUAGCGAUCCGGACUCAUUGUAACGCGAAGCGACCCCUAGCAGCGUUUGAACUACUGGAGGCAGCCCGCGAACACGGUGUGCGACUGACUCGUUAUACUUAUUCUUAUGUCCUAGGCGAGCUAGAAGCCAAAAAGUGCACCGAUGCCGCCACCGCUUUGAAAGCCAUGUUCAAGAAGCAAAUUCUUGUACCCGCCAAAGAUUUGAUGACGCAAGGUCCUCCUGCCACCAGCCCCGAAGCAUUGCCAACGAUUGAUGCCAGUCGGACACUAGAAAAUAACCUAGCGAUAUCUCUCCGAAUGCUGAAGCGCUCACUCCUUUCUGAUUAUCCGCCUUCUGCUCGUGAACUGGCAGCCUUCUUCGACAUAUAUAAGACCCAUCGUCGCGGUGGACGGGCUAUCAAUCUUCUCCAGACACGCGCUUUUCGGCUCUCCCGAACCGCUUUCGCUGUUGUCAAACACGCCGAAUUGCUUCAUCACCACCAUAAAAAGGAAUACAACCAUGUUCUCUAUGUGUUCACCAACUACUUCCAUAUGGUGGGUGUACCAAGAGAAGACGUCCUGCAUCUCUUGCCUACAGUAUCCGACCAUCCCCCUCGUCGGCGCCUGAGGAGACCCACUCCACGUCGACCACUGCUCUCGAUGUUCAAAUUUACGACUUUCAAUACUUCAGACAAGAUCUGGCCCUCUGGUUAUCAUACCUCUCUAGUAUGGACCGCACUCGUUCAUCACUGUAGCAAGAGGGUACAGCUAGAGCAGCUCUACGAAAAGCUGAUCGACUUCGCGUCGCGUCGAUCCUAUAAGCCAAUCAGUUCUGCCUCAAGCCCCCCCUCCGCCUCAACCUCUGCUGCGCCACAGUCAUCCGCAGCAACCGAGGGGCACUGGUCUGAAACAACGAGCCCUGACAUCGCACCCGUUGAGGCUUUCGACGCAGCCCACUUCAACGCCUUUGUCGACGGAUUCUGUCGAUUCCAACGCUUCGACCGCGCUUAUCGAGUCAUCGAGGACAUGCGCUCAUUCGGUAUCCAGCCGGACUUUCACACCAUGUGCAUGCUGGCGGGACGACUUGCCAAACUAGGAGAUACCGAUGAAGCUCUGAACAUGCUUGAUCAAAUCCGCCAGCGUUCUGUGACUGAGCAGCAAGAAGGCGCUGUCAAUGAGUCGGAGAAAGUUGAAGGGGUGGCCGUACAGGAGGGGGAGAGUGUCGAGGAGAGCAGAAAGCCUAUGUCCAGGCAACAGUUUAUCGAAGCACUUAGGAAGAGAAGAAGGAGUGGACCCUUGUUGGCUGCGUACACCAGCGUCUUGAGGGGGUUCGUAGACCGAAGGCUGCUCGAUCAUGCAAGGGCGAUCGAGGUAGCAUUAGGCGAGCAUUUGGGAUAUGUGUCGGGGUCAGAACCGCAGACGGAGGAGGCUAUAAAUUGGUUGAGGCGGAUAGAAGGAUUAGAGAGGGAAAGGCUUGAGGCAGAGGGUUUCUCCGCUGAGGCUGAGAUCACUGAUGAAGAGCAGACCGCUGGCGAGCCUCAAUAG